GCUUUUUACUGUUUUGGUGUGAUUCAUACAAUUUGUACUGUAUAUGAUUGUUGGGAAUAUAAUCACAUCAUUUUGACCUCAAGAUUUCAUGACCAGAUGUCCGAUGUUAGCUAAUAAAACAAUGUCUAAUUAUGAGGUCUAAACAUUUAAAAAUAUAUAGUUAAUCUGAUCUCCAAUAACAUGCAAUUUUAAGAAUACAAGUAUUACUUGGAUGGUUAAAUUCACAUUGAGUAUGUAAAAUAUGGGUCCAGAGGCUAAAUAUCCACAUUUAUAUGAAAGUCUGUACUCAGAUAACAAUUAUUAUAUAUUUAUUUGUAAAAUAAAUUACAUGUAUGGCUCUAUUAUUCUCUUUUAAGAAACUUAUUUUAGUUUUGGUUGUGCUGGGUCUUCAUUGCUGCAUGUGGACUUUCCCUAGUUGUGGUGAGCAGGGGCUCCUCUUUGUUACAGUGUGCGGACCUCUCAUUGUGGAGGCUUCUCGUUGCAAAGCACACACUCCAGAUGCACCAGCUUUAGUGAUCGCAGUACGCAGGCUCAGUAGUUGCGGCUUGCAGGCUCUAGAGGUGGGCUCAGCAGUUGUGGAGCACGUGCCCAGCCAGUCACUGGCAUGUGGAACCCUCCCAGACCAGGGAUUGAACCCAUAUCUCUGCACUGGCAGGUGGAUGCCCAUCCACUGUGCCACCAGGGAAGUCUGAUAUUAUUCCUUUUUAACUUGAGAAGUAAAUAGAAUUUUGUAUUCUCUUACAAGUUUUAGAUAUUUAUUCACACUUUUAUGUAAUUUGGGAUAGCAAAAAUCAGUUUAUUUUAACCAAUAAAGUAAAUAAGAGAAUAUUAAUAAACUCCUUAAAAGUCUACACAUUUAGGUUAUUACCUAGGUGUGAAGGAUUUUUAAGGAAGAAGUUCUUGCUCGUGAUAUAUUCCAAUAAUUGGUGUUCUUUUAUCAACCAUAAAAAGCCUUUAAGUUAAAUACACUCCACAUAAAAUGUUUUUAUAGGGAUAAAUAGAUUUUCAGUUUAAUAUGAAAAUAUUCUGGGAUCUACUUCUACAGUUACUAAAAUAUUAAGUUCAGAAAUUUGAGUAUACAGAAACUGUUAUUUCCAUUUUAUUCUUGGUUUUCCUAAUAUAGGAUGGGACUAGUACUUCCCUGACCUAUCCACAGAAGCUUGCAAAUAAUUUAGAGCUCAGUUGUUUUGUUUGAAUUUAUGUAUAAAUUGAAAUAUCUUAUACUCUUUAUUUUUACCAGUAAUGCAUUUGGCAGAAUAACUGGAAGAGUGUAAUUCUCCAAUAAAUAGUUUAAAAAGGUAAUCAUAAGAUAUGACUUGCAUUUGGAUUUGAUAAUUAUUCAGAGGUGGCUGUCUUGCUAUUUUUUCCAGAAUGCUUCUGGUUUUAAUGAUUUGAACAUGUGAGUCCUUUAGGACAGUAAAAGUGGUGGAUUCUCCCUUGUCCCUGUCCUGCCACCCUGCUCUGCCACCACUGCCUCCUCACACAAACUAUACUGAACUUACUGCUCUGAAAAUUUCUGUUGAAUGGUUAAUUGAAUGAGUGAAUAAAUGAAUCUUUUAGAUGUGCCUAUAGAUGUCGUGACAUUUAGUAAUAAAGUGGGGGUGGGGGAACCUUGUUAAAAUGUAUUUUUAUAAAGAUAGUGGAAAAAGUUUGAAAUUGCACAUGGGUCUUUUAAAAUACAGCAGAACAGGUAUCAGACCACCCCAAAGAAUUCUUGGGUGAAGUGAGAAGCUGGCAGGUCCCAGUUGACUACAGACAGCUGCAUCCUGGCAGCUGAUUGGCUCCACAGUUGGAGGCUGCACAAACUCCGCAUUGGGUGGUAGCCAAUGCUAAAGGUUGGAGCCUGCCUGUGGAACUUGCUAGCUGGAGCCAAAGCCCACUUCCUCUUUUGCAGGAGCUGCCCUUAUAAUGAGUAAGAAUGGGUUUGGGAGCUAUGGGAGCAUUUCUGCCCCAGGUGGAGCCAGCGGAAGCAGUGACCCACUGUCUCAGGGCAGGGUAGCUCUUGCUACUAAGUCCAUGGGAUCCAGGGCCCAAAUCCAGGCUAUUGUUCCUUGUGUAAACCAACUGCUCACCUCCACUCUGGUUGAUAACAUCUUCAAGAAUAGAGGAAUCAAGAUUUCCCAAGUUUCUGUCAUGGGAAUAAUCAGGCAGGCAGAGAAGACUGUAAGUUUUUAUAAGAUUGAUGAUAUGACCAGUAAACCUAUCAAGGUCUGCCAGUGGGUUGGCAGAGAUAAAGCAAAGCAGGAGGUGACUCUGCUUCCAGUGGGAGUAUAUACAGUGUUUGGUAUCCUCGAAUGUUCUGCGGAAGUGAAGAGCCUUGAGAUGUUGAAAAUCCAUGUCCUCCAGGACAUGAACGAGUACAGCACACAUAUUCUAGAAACGGUCAAGGUACACAUGAUGCUGGAUAACACCUGCCAAGCGGCCUCUGGGCAAAGUGGCCCUGUUGAUCCAUCAGAAAUGGGUGAAGCCCAGAAGCAUGGUGAGCACCACCCCAGUUUCGUCCAGAACGAGGUGCUACAUUUGAUUCAUGAGUGUCCUCCAUAGGAAGGCAAGAGCAUUCAUGAGCUCCAGACCAAGCUUUGCGACCUGAGCAUCCGGACUGUCAAGCAAGCCAUUGAUUAUCUGACUGUGGAGGGCCACAUCUACCCCACUGUGGAUGAAGAGCAUUUCAAAUCUGCUGAAUGAAACACUGAAAACUUUUUUUUUCAUUUUCCGAAGACCCUGCCUCCUGUUGUGACUGAGUUUGUUUGACUUUUAGGAAGUAGAUUUUUUUUUUAACAAAAGAUUGGAAGUGGCAUCCUUUGGAAACUCACUGCUUUUCUAGCUGCUUUGAACUUAACUGUUUUUCUAACUAUAUUUGAAGCUUAGAAAGAGAUGAUGAUGAAUAAGUUGACUGGCCUUUUUGUAGGAUUUACCAAUGAACAGAUGAAAACACUCCUGGAUGGAUGAAUUUGGGGAAGCAAAAGUACAGAAAAAGUUGAAAACUAUUAUUUUCUUGCGUGGGAGCUUCUUUUUCCGAAAUAUCUAAGUAUUAGGAGAAAAUAGAUGCAGUCAAGGAGCCAGUUAAGAGACAAAAAAAAAGUGUUGUUUUUACAUAGACUCAUUUUCUAUGUUUUGAUUUAGCAUCUUAUAUUCAUACUGUUAUGUUAUGCUAAAUAUAAUAGCUGAUUAAUUCAGAUGAACUAAAGAAAGUAGCUUUUGAAUUCAGGUACCCAGUUCAUGUUCAUAUAGUAAUCUGCUCUUAUUACCGUAAGUUUAUGUUUUUUAAAAGAUAAAAUUAUACUACAUUUAAAUGGCAGGGUCAGCUUUAAUUUUUUUUCUUAAAGUAUAAUUGUUUUGAAUUCAGUGUGGUAAUAUUUUUAUAAAUUAUAAUCUCUUGUAGUUGCAUAGUACACAGAUACCAGACUUGAUGUAAGUUUUAUGUUUUGAUGUAUUAUUUAUAAUACUAAAUACUGUAUUUUAUGUAUAAGAAGGUUUUAUUCUUUAGGUUAGAUGAACAAGUACUUAUAGGAAUAUUAUUAAGCUUAGCAAGUUUAAUGAAAGUUUAUGCAAACAUUUUAUUAAAGCACUUUUGCAAAUC